GAUGAGUCUGACGGUUUCGCUUUGGCAAGUUUUGGAUUGCUAAAGCUCGGAACAGACUUGCAGCAGCAACUCGCGCAAGCUGCGUGGAAGCUCAGAGGGGCCAAGACAGCCACCGUGGCAAGGUUCAAAAGGAUGUUCAGUGAACUGCUGCUGCAUUUUCGGCCUACGGGCAGCCUGACCUCACAGGCUGCAAUGAUGCAGCAGGACAGACAAGCACUGCACGUCGUGAUGCAGCAGGCAGCAUGUUAUUUGGUAGUUUUCUCAGCUUUUUUGAUUGGGGCCGCCUUGCUGGCUACCCUGUCAAAGCUGUGUGCUGGUGUGAAUCCCAAGACCCACAGGGUGGUGAUGCUCCUUGUCCGAAGGGCUUAUGAUGAAACUCCUUCGGAUAUCAGCGUCGCUUGGAUGACACAUUCUGAAUUGGGUGCAUUUAACAAGAAGCGAAGCAAGCAGGAGGGGACUGCGAAAGUCCUCCAGACCCGAUGCGAUGUUUUGAUUCUGAUGAAUCAUGUCUCGAGCGCGACCUACUACAGCAUGAGGAUUCCCAUGCCUUGCUGGCUCAUGGCGCUGGAGAAAACAAAUGCUCAGACGACUGCCAAGGCCCAGAGGUCAAUUCUGGACAUGAUUCCUGGCCUCCAGUCCUUCGGCCAAAAGGCCAAAUAUAAUCUGCAACUCGUGACAACCGAUCGCUGUGCUUCCAACUUGAAAGCCGAGAGACUCCUCGACACUGGGGGAAUCAACGGCUGCACAACACAUCAUUUUUGUGUUGUGCAUAUGACCCACACCUGUCAAUCCAAGACCGUCCAGAUGCUGGACGGUCAAGUCACCGGGAUGGUUGCUACAGCUUUGACUUGUAUGGACGCGGGAAGCAUCCGAUCGCUUCGAUCAUCGAUGGAGAAGGUUCUGAAAGACAAGGUGCAUUUGUGCUUCGGGUCUCGGCCGGAGGAUCCGUUUGCAAACGAGUACAGAUCUGCUGUCUUGGAAACCUUCCUACCCUUGCAGGACGAUGAUGGAGAUGAGCAUGUUCUUGGCAGGAUGCAAGAGCAUUACUUGCAAAGAAAGCGAAGUCGAGCCAUCAUCAACUUCUUCCUGCACGGGGACCUGCAAGACCAAGAUGAGAUAUGGUUCUGGAGUGAAACAUGGGGACUGGAGCAAGAGCAUGUUGUGCAACUCAUGGCAAAAUGGCUCAUCCCAGUUUUGCUUCCAAAGCGGCCUCCAAUCUUUUCGCGCACCCGAUGGGACGGGUUCCAUGACUCUCUCCUGUGGUUCGGACUGGCACAGGCUUGCCAUGGCUUGCUUCGCCCUACGCUGCAAGACUUUCUGAAUGUCACUCCGACGGUGCUGCCGCGUGCGGCAGAGGAUGACCGUCAGGAGGUCGAUGCAGAUGAGGCAGACAUGGAGGCUGUCACCGGGAACAUCGACUGGAAGGAGCUCAAGGUGAAGAUGCGGCAGAAAGUGCAGGUGUGGCUUCAACAACCGUUGUUCCCACCUGUGCUUCUUAUGCUUCAGGCCUUGCGGCCAAUGUCUCGAUUUUACCACCGCCUGAUUUAUUCGGGCGGUGCGGAAUGGGAAGACAUUGAGAGGACGAAAGAGAGUCCCAAGGCUGCCGCGGCGCGGGAAUCAGAUCUCAAUGCUUACCGGCGGAGUGUGAGUGACACCUUCCACGAGCAGAUCGUGCUUCUCCCGCGAUGGUGUCACUUCCGCCACUACCAGGUGCUUCUGUUUCGCAUGCUCAGCCGCAAUGUGUGCAGCACGGAGUUUCUGAUCGGCACAACCUACAGGUCAUACCCAAUCAAGCUCUUCAAGAGUUUAGACAAGGUGCACGAGGCGAAGGAUCCGGAGUGCAUGCACUGCCGUCUCACAAAGCUGAUCCUCUCGGAGGGUUGUGACCUGGACAGUCCUGAGUCGCAAGCUGUUCUGACGGCCAUCGCUUCAAUGUUUCAGUUGCACAUUGCUUCGAUAGAAGCCCGCCAUGCAUCAACACGGAGAAUCACAACCAUCAAAUCGGUGCAAACACACCGCCCGACACUGACGGCCGUGGGGGCCGAUUGGUUCUGCCGUGACAUGCCUGUGUCCGGAACAGCCCAAGCAGACACCGUGCCGCCCGAGCCGAAGCAGCCGGAGCGAAAGAAUCCUUGGAAUGCAUUCCUCAGCGAGAAGUGCCGCCGCAGAAUCUCUGACCUCGGCAGCACUUCGUACGCUGCUGUCGUUGAGGAGUACCGUAGCUUGACACCCGCAGAGCAUCAGAGGUACCAAGAGAUGGCAGACGUGGCUUUCUGUGCGAGAGCCCGAGGUCUGCCGGGUUAUGCUCAUCAUGGUGCUAUUCCUGCAGCAGCGGCAUCAUCUUCUGGCUCUGGCAAGGAAGUGGCCGUGGAAGCUCUUGUGGCUGUGCCUGCCGCUGGCCACCAGGAGUUGGCAGUCCCUGACCAGGCUUACAAGUUGAUGGCUGCAGACUUGUCAGACAAACUGCAGGUGGUUCAGCAGGAGUAUCACAGGCGAUCUGCGUCUGUGAAAGACUGGUGUGACAUUUUUCGCGACAGCCGGGUUCAGCAUCGGCAAGAUCAAGAGCAUCUUUUUCGAGAAUGUGGUGUGGUGGAGCAUGUGCCUGCGCUUAAUGGCCUCGUGUCGGCGGAAAUGCGCGUACCAGCGGACAAGAUCGGCGAAGAUCUGCUCUCAGUUGGUGAAAAGAGCACCUUGCGGGCCUCUCUUUUGGACAAGUGGCAGAGCAUGUGUGACUUGAUUUUGAACACAGAUGAGACACCAUUUCCAGAUGCUUCAGAUGCUCUUCCAACUCGUUGUGCACAGCUCGGCAUGUGUGUCUGUGCUUCACGUGGCUUGCAAGCUUACCUCUUUCAUUGCAGGCUGAUUUUCUGUUUGAAGGCAUUCUUCACACCCAAGAGAUCCCGCAAGAUUCGGGAUGCUGCUGGCAACAUGGUGAUCAAGGAGCUGUCGCAAGCCGAGCAGCAUCAGCAGACAAAACUGAAAUCCAACCGAAAGCUUCUGGAUGAUGGUUUCGUUGUUGUUUGCUUGCGGCCAUCCAGCCGAACUGCCGCAGCAGAAGAGGUUCUGCCUCACAAGUACAUGCACUCCUCCUGGAAAGCUUUGGCCCUGACUGCAAUGAAUGUCAGUGCGGAGGGUGAAGCAGAUUCUCCAACUUCCCUCUGGCUCCAUCUCGGCCACAUCAAUUAUACGACGUGGGCUCUCGGUGUGUUGCGUCUGGACGAAGCUGGUGCUGAUGAGGCUCGGCCUGAGUACACGAAGCUUCAAGUGCCCACACCUCAAGAAUGUUGCCAUUCCGUCAGAAUGUUUGAGCAAAGCGGCAUCAAUUUCAGUGGCCCGUGGCAGUUCACUGUCAGCAUGAUCUUGAGCAACAAUGAUGAGCUGGAAAGGGCCAGCAUGCGACCCGACACAGUGCUUGUGAAACAGCAUGCAGAAGUGCCCAACAUGGAAUUCUGGCAGGGCUGGCCGGCAGAACAGGCCCGCCAUGAAAAGAACUCCAAAAGUCGACCUGUGCCUUCAUCUGGCAAGCGGAAGAAGGAGACAUCUUCAGCCACAGCUGGGUUCCGGAAAAGAACCAAGUCUGCGCCGGGCUCAUCCACAGAUGCCGUGGAGCCUCUGCCUGCGCACGAACCGGAGGACGAUGUGGCUGGAGAUCCAGUGGAAGAAGAUCUUCUGCAUGAUGAGGAAGUCCGCAGUGAGGCCUCCAGCACUCCAUGGUCUGAGUAUGUGGCCGAUGCUUUGGAGAGGGAGGAGCCUGGGUAUGAUGGAAGCUUGAAAGCGGAAGGCUCCGCUGCAGCCGCUGCAGCCGCUGCAGCAGCGCCAGACAUUGCUGCAGGUUCUGUCGAUGAUGCUGAUAUGGGUCCUGCUCGUGCAGACACAGCCCACCCACGUGCCGAACCACGCCCGACAACUGUGGUGGGCUUCAAGAGUUUAGGAGACCUUCGCUUCAAUGCCAAAGACUGUCACAUCAUGGCGGACAGUGCAGCUCUUCACAAGAGCACAAGCAGAUGGCAGUGCCUCGACAUCUCAGUCUUCUGUCUAGGCAGGAAGCGAGAGCUGAGUUCAUGCGAGAACCACAUGCUGCGGAUGUUGCGAGUCACGAACGCACACGGAAUCACGAUGAUUUUCGUCGUCUUCCUGCGCAAGGACGUGUAUGGUGUCGCAGAUGCUGGUUUCCUUGCCAAGACUUACAAGGACCUCAUCACGAAGCAGCAGGAGGCGACCCCGAAGAAGCUCAGCGAUCUUUUGCCAGAGAGGAGGCUGGAGGACGUGCCGCGAGGGGUGACCCCGAUGGACUGCCAGGUUCUUCUGCUGCAAUUCUGUCAGUCAGCAGUGUGGAGCUCCGAGUGGUUAGCAGUUCAGUGCAUGGACACGACAUUUGGGCAACAAGACCUGGUCACAUUAUUACACUUGUUGAUUGAUAGAUUUCGGAGUUUGGAGUUUUACUCAGAAUGGUUGUAUGCUUCGUGA